UACACCCGUAACACCAUGUCAGAAAAGCGCUUGAAAUUGAGAUCACUUGAACGCUUACCUUUGAUGGCGACUGUUACCAUACGUCUAAUCCGUUCGUUUGAACAUCGAAAUUUGAAGCACGUUGUUUACCAUGACGUUGACUUGACACAGAGUGUCGCAGACUUCAAAGACUUUGUCAGGAAAGACAUUUCAACAAGACCUGGGUUACCUCCUCCAUUUAAGACAUAUCCAUUUGAUACUCUGAAGAUCUCCCAUAAAGCUUAUGGAUACAAGAGUAACGAUCCAGUGAUAAACUUGGAGGAUGAUGAAAAGUUGAUUCUAAAAGAGGAGAGUUCACUUAAAGAAAAUGGAGUAGAUAAUGAGACGGAGAUCUCCUUCUUCAAAAUGGAGGAUUAUCUUGAGUAUAAGAAGAACCCCCACCUUGCUUGGUGAUCAGUUUAUUCUUUACACUACCAAAUAAAUGCAACAAUAUCCCUGACAGUACCAAUACAAACUCAUGCCAUAUAAUCCAUGGCCAACAGCAGGAAUCUCUACUCAAUCAAGUGCCAUUGUGGUUUUACAAACAGCAUACAACAGUGAACCACGAUACUGGUAAAUCUUUGCCUUUAUGGUGGGAUUGAACUGGGUGCAGAGAGGAAUUUGUUCACGCAAAAAGGAAAAAUAUAGCAAACAAGUGAAUAAUGCUAUAUGUUGAUAUGAUUCUUUUGUAAUCAGUAGAUGAUAUUAAAAAUGUGACGCAACAGAG